AUGGCCACCCUACUCCGAAGGCCAGGCAAUCUUGCUCGAUAUUCGAGGAGAGCUGCAGAUUACAUCUAUCGCGCAGGACCACGGUCGGCGCAUAUAUCACAAUCAAGACUAUCGUCCCUCAUUACAACUCCACGUCUCAGAACGUAUGCUACCAGCCCGAACCCUCCGAACGAUAAGGACAAUCAACACCAGCCUCCGAAUCCGGGAUCCGGGAAUGGGGGUGGUAAGGAUGGGGAAGGAAAGAAGCCGGAGGAGCCUCAGUCGAAGCUCAGCAAAGAAGACCAGGAGUCAGUGGACAAGUUUAUAAAGCACUUGAAGGAAAGGGUCCCACAGUCCCAGCAUCAGAUGUUGGAUGAUAUGAGGACAAUCAUGAUGAACGAGGGAUUACCAGCGGAAGUCAAUGAAUUCAUCCAGAAGCAUUUAAAAUCCGGUAAAGCCCCAUCUUUGAUGGACUACGUUCACUUGACGCGUUACAUGGCGAAACACUUGGACAACUACGCCGCCAAACUGAAUGAGCUAGAGGAGAAGAGAAUGCAGGAUCAGGACCAAGAGAAGUCGAAAGAUAAGCAGGGCCAGCAACAACAGGGCCAACAAAAAGGCAAAGAUCAGUGGAAUAGACCACCGAAUGCGAAAGUUUUCGAGUUCCGUUUCGACCCAGCCUCUUUCCUGAUUACCUCUAUUCUGUCUUACUAUAUCUACCGGAGUUUCUUCCCUGGUGAAAGUAGCAAGGAGAUCACAUGGCAAGAGUUCAGAGCCAACUUCUUCGACAAAGGUCUUGUCGACAAGCUGACCGUCAUCAACGGAAACCGAGUGCGGGUGGACCUGAACCGUGACGCGGUCUCCCGGGUCUAUCCUGAUUCCCCGGCUACUCAGCCCCUCUUCCAUUAUUACUUCAGUAUCGGAUCGGUUGAGAGUUUCGAGCGGAGACUGGAUGAAGCGCAGUAUGAGCUGGGAAUUCCCUCUACCGAACGUAUUCCCGUCUCGUAUACCGAAGAAGUGUCUUGGGGUGCCACCGUCCUGUCCUUUGCUCCUACCCUCCUCCUCAUUGGUUCCGUGUUCUGGUUAUCGCGACGUGCUGCUGGCGGUGGCGGUGGUCAAAGUGGCAUCUUUGGUAUUGGAAAGAGCCGAGCAAAGCGUUUCAACCAUGAGACCGAUAUCAAGAUCAAGUUCUCUGAUGUGGCUGGAAUGGACGAGGCUAAGGUGGAAAUCAUGGAAUUCGUCAGCUUCCUUCAACACCCUGAAAAGUUUCAGAAACUUGGUGCCAAGAUCCCUCGCGGUGCCAUUCUUUCUGGUCCUCCUGGUACUGGUAAGACACUGCUCGCCAAAGCAACAGCUGGUGAAUCUGGCGUUCCGUUCUUCAGCGUCAGCGGAUCGGAGUUCGUCGAGAUGUUCGUCGGUGUUGGACCUUCCCGUGUCCGUGACCUUUUUGCCAAUGCUCGCAAGAACACGCCUUGCAUCAUCUUCAUCGAUGAAAUUGAUGCCAUCGGUAAAUCGAGGGCAAAGCAGAGCUUUGGUGGUGGAAACGAUGAGCGUGAGAGCACGCUGAAUCAGAUUCUUACUGAAAUGGACGGUUUCAACACUUCUGACCAAGUGGUUGUCUUGGCCGGUACUAAUAGACCUGAUGUCUUGGACAAGGCGUUGAUGCGACCUGGACGAUUCGACCGGCACAUUGGCAUCGACCGCCCUACGAUGGAUGGCCGCAAGCAAAUCUUCCGUGUUCAUCUGAAGAAGAUUGUUACCAACGAGGACAUGGAGUACCUCACCGGUAGACUCGCGGCUUUGACCCCCGGCUUCGCUGGUGCCGACAUCGCAAACUGCGUAAACGAGGCGGCAUUAGUUGCGGCCCGUGUAAAUGCGGACCAUGUCACGAUGAAGCACUUCGAGCAGGCGAUUGAACGUGUCAUUGGUGGUCUCGAGAAGAAGUCCCUUGUACUCUCGCCGGAAGAGAAGCGCACGGUGGCGUAUCACGAAGCUGGACACGCCAUUUGUGGUUGGUAUUUCCGCUGGGCCGAUCCGUUACUGAAGGUUUCCAUCAUUCCUCGUGGACAAGGCGCCCUGGGUUACGCCCAGUAUCUCCCAGCAGGAGGUGACACCUACCUGAUGAAUGUCAACCAGCUCAUGGACCGUAUGGCUAUGACUCUGGGAGGCCGUGUCAGCGAGGAGCUGCACUUCGAUACUGUCACCAGCGGAGCAAGUGAUGAUUUCAACAAGGUCACUCGCAUGGCAACCGCUAUGGUUACGAAAUUCGGCAUGUCACCGAAGCUGAAGCACAUCUACUACGAAGAGGACCCUCAACAAUUCCACAAGCCAUUCUCGGAGGAAACCGCCAAGGAUAUUGAUACUGAAGUCCGCCGGAUCGUCGCUGAGGCAUACACACAAUGCCGCACCCUCCUGACCGAGAAGAAGAAGGAAGUUGGUAUUGUCGCGGAGGAGCUUCUGUCCAAGGAAGUCCUCGGCCGUGACGACCUCAUUCGCCUCCUCGGCCCCAGGCCCUGGCCUGACUCCGGCGAAUUCGCCAAGUACUUCGACGGCGCCAAAGGAGCAACCAUCGCACCCCCCGAACCUCCCCAGUCAAUCGAAGGAACACAGGGAAAAGAUGGAAGAGAUCAAACACCAUCCCCCCCAUAGAGAAAUGCAUUGUUGAAAUUAUUCCUCAUCUAGAAAUAGGAAAUUUUACGGCUGACGAGGGGACAUAUAUCUAUUUGGGGUUUGUAUUUAUUCGUUACGGAAGCAUCUCCUUUCUUUGCUCUUCUCCUUUUAAUCCCUCUGAUCAUCGUUUCCCUCUUUCUUUACCUCUCCCAUUCGACGUCGUUGCCAUAAAUUAAGAUCACUUGAUAUCUCACCCUUCCUUUUUCUCCCUUUUUUCGCCCCCUACCUUACCUCUGUCCUACUUGUCGCUUCACGUUCUCCCUCUCACAAGGAGCAUCCGGUGUACUGUACUGUAUAGUAGGUAGUUCAUUUUACUCUUCUUUCUUAUACCUAUCUCGAGCUUAGCGGUCGGUAAAACAAAUUUAUACGAAUAGUAUCACAAAAGCUCGAUAAUAUAGGCCAUCUAUGCAAUGAUCGAAAGUAUGUAGACCCGUGUAAAGUUUCAGGCUACGUAUUAGAUUGAAAGGACAAAUUGCUUUAACACACUUCGCAAAACCAAGAUAAAAAUAACGCCAACACACUAGGUUUUUUCAAUAUACAACGUGUGAUCAGAACCCCUAGACCAAACAAACACUGGUAUCAUAUGACCGAUAUAUAGAGUCAACACAGCACAUCACAACACUCUUCUAUAACUGUAACAUCUCAUUCCUGCUU